AUGGCUGCCCCUGUCACGGUCGACGCUGCGAAUAGUGCUGGCGACGCAUCUGCAGACGUGAAAGCGUCGUCCCCUAAUGCCAAAACCGACUCGUCUCAGCCUGCUCCUAACGCGAACUUCCCGCCUCCCAAGACCGACAAGCCAAGGCCACACGUGUGCGGUACCUGCGGUCGCUCGUUCGCGAGGCUGGAGCAUCUGAAGCGCCACGAGCGCUCCCACACAAAAGAGAAGCCCUUCGAGUGUCCACAAUGUACAAGAUGUUUUGCCAGGCGCGAUUUGCUAUUAAGGCACCAGCAGAAGCUCCACCAGGCUGGCGCUGCCUCCUCCCGGCCCAGAAAUGGUCGCCGCGAGAGCACAACGGGCAUCCCGCCCAACGGUGCCGCGAACCGAGUGCGUAAGAACUCAAUCGCAAAUGGCGCGAAUGGAGCUGUGGGAGGCGGAGCACCGACUGCACGCCCACGAGCAAACACCAUAAGCCAUAUUGAUGCUGGUGCUUUGAAUAAUCUGCUGGCCACGCACAAUACCACAUCUGCGAGAAGCCCCGGCAUGCCUAUGAGCCAUGGUCAUGGUCAUGGCCAUAGCCACCACCCAAGCCUCUCGGGCUUCCCUGGCUCCCACAGCUUUGAUUUCCGCGGAAUGCAGACCACAAUGGACCACUCAGGCCACCACGGCUUGCCGAAGAUCGACACGCAUCUGGGCAUGGGCAUGGGCGGCGGCCUUCGAACGGCCCCUAUUCCAGGCUUUGAUCACAUGAUGGAUCUGGAUAAGCUAUUUGCGUCCGGUUCGACCGUCAACCCCGCACAAUUACACUUCAGCGGUUCUUUGGGUACGCCGGCCUCUCCCUUCGGCACAUACCCCCCUUUCUCGGCCAGUGCUGGCAUCGAGGAAGAUGAUUUCGACUGGAUGGUCGGCUUGGAAACCUCCCUCAACCUGAAUGCUGGCUCCAACAAUGAGGCCGCCGUGGAUGAGUCGUCCCCUUCGGCAAUCAGCACCGCAAGCCAAAGCGGUUUCAGCGAGGUCAUGCUCGACGGAUCGAACCAGCCUGCGCACACCACAAGCUCUGUGUGGCAAGGCUCGUUGAACGCAACCUCGAUGAUUGACACCAGCUCGAUAUCGCUGGAUGCGAUGAACGCCGUCUUUCCAGAACUCAUGGAUCCGUUGAGCACCGUCUCUCCAAAGCAGCUGCAAGACCAAAACGGCGGGCAGGAAAUGUACUUUUCCUCGCCACCGCCGUUGAACUCGAUGAGCCCGACUGCAGGCAUUCCUGGAAUGCCCAAUCAAUACUUCCACCCACCGACUUUCAACUCUGAUAGCACAAGUAUAGCUUCCUCUUCAGUCAACGGCAGUGCUCGCCAGAGCUCGGUGACGUCCGUCUCAACAGAUUCAAUCACUGAUGCCACUCGACAGUCUCUCCUCAUGAGCUUGUCGCAGGCGAUGAAUUAUAAUUCCAAUCAACGGAAGUAUUCGCAGCCGGCUGUCAGCUCACCUCUAUCGCCUGGGCCCCCUCCCACGUCAUCUACGCAGCUUCUUUCGCUGCCAACCACCAGUGACCUCCAACGGUUCGUCAACGCCUACAUUCAAUACUUCCAGCCGCACAUGCCCUUUCUGCACAUUCCGACUCUUUCUUUCGAUUCUUCUCUGUAUUCCACCAACCCGCGUGCUGCGACUUUCGGCCACGGCGGUGGCGUUGGCGGCGGCGAAUGUUUGAUACUGGCCAUGGCUGCCAUCGGGGCGCUCUACGAAUUCGAACAUGCUGCGGGCAAGGAACUGUUCGAAGCCGCGAAGAAAAUGAUCUUGUUCUACCUCGAUGAGCGUCGCCGGGCAGAUGUGGCAGCAGCUAUCAACGGCCUCAAUCCGAUGCACGACACGAGCAAUCACACAACCCCCCUCUGGCUUGUGCAGUCGAUGUUGCUCAACCUCAUCUACGGCCACCAGUGCGGCGAUAAACAAGCCAAUGAUGUCGCGUACACUCACUGCGCUGCUCUUGUUAGCCUAGCGAAGGCCGCAAAUCUGGACCAGCCCAUGGACGACAACGCCAAUGGAUCCAACGCGCGUAACCACGGCGAUGAGAUCGACAUGAGCGACGACAGUCAAACUCCCAAUCACUGGGCGAAUUUUGACGACCACGCACAGUGGAUCCGGUGGAAGACACAAGAAGAACGCAAGCGAACGCUGUACGCCGUGUUCGUGCUCUCAAGUCUCACGGUCAUUGGGUACAACCACGCUCCUAGGAUUUUGAAUUCGGAGUUACACUUGGAUCUUCCGUGUGAGGAGGAUUUGUGGGCUGCGGACAACGCGCAAGCAUGGGCAGCGUUGGGUGGCCAACAAGCCGCUACCCAGAAAGGUAUCGCCUUCGCUGAUGCGCUGACUCAUUUGCUUACAGCAAGUGAGCGCCAGAGAUCAAGCACGCAGGGUAGCUCUACCUGUCGCGAUGAAUUUCGUGGGAGCGUUCUAAAGCCGAGCACUUUUGGUUGCUACGUUUUGAUCAAUGCUCUCCACGUUUACAUCUGGGAGACGAGGCAGCGCCACAAUGGCCGGCAAUGGACCACGGCCGAGACGGAGCAGAUGCACAAUCAGAUCGAGCCCGCGCUCAAAGCGUGGCAAGCUUCUUGGAAGGCGAACCCACAUCACAGCCUGGAAAGACCAAAUCCUUACGGUCCUCUUCCAGCUGACAGCAUCCCUCUUCUGGAUCUUGCUUACGUACGCCUGUUCGUCAGCCUUGCUCGGUCGAAAGAAGGCUUCUGGGCGCGCGACUUCGACGCUAUGGCAGAGGAGUUGGCAAGGGGUGAUGAGAUCAUCCAGCACGCAGAGACGGACUCAGACAGCUCGCCCGACGCCCACUCGAACCGGAACACGGUGCCGAAUAGCUCUCCGGGCGGCAUCAAUACCGCCGCGCCAGAGGUGAUGUCGAACGGUGGCUUUACGUCAGCCAAGUCCUCCAAGCGUGAGCGCCACCUUCGCAAGGCUGCAUUCUAUGCUGCCGAUUCGCUGUCCAUGUCAGACAAGCUCGGUGUCACCUUCGCAGAUUUCACAUCGCGGGAGUUGCCGAUUCAGUCUGCCAUGUGCACGUUUGAUUGCGCACAAGUGCUUGCAGAGUGGGUUGCGACAGUCCAGGAGCGUGUUGGUCGUUACAUGGGCAUUCUAGGCAAGACCGAAAUCGACCUACAUCAAGUUCCAGCGAUCAUGCUUCUGGAAGAAGAAGACACCAAGCUUUUGCAGAAGAUCGAGGAGAUCCUGAACAACGCGGAGAUGAAGAUUACGUUCGAUACUGGAAACAUGGGCUCGCCGGCCGGCAUCGGCCUCCCGGCCCUCACUAAUUACGGUUACGGAAGCAAGCUCCUCAUGGUCACGGCUUAUAUGUUGGAGCAUGCUGCCGUCUGGCCUGUGACUCAUGUUAUGGCGCGCGCGCUCGAAGCUCACGCCAAUCACGUGCACGCUAGAGCCGAGAGUUCCAUCACUGCUAAAGCGACACGGUGA